AUGUACAGUCAACAACAUGGAAACUCUCCGUCACACCAUCAACAAACCGGAGUACCAAGAACCGAAUACCAUAACGUUGGGCGUGGCGAGUAUCCUCCUCCACUUGAAGGGUACUAUCCUCCGCAUCAUCCUAUAUAUUACGAUUAUCACCAUCCACCACAUUAUGCCACGUAUCUCCCAACAACGAUGAAUCCAAGCAUACCAGUAUCACAUUCAGACGAAUAUCAAGACCGUAAUUCAAAGAGGACAAAAUCAAAUAGUGCUGAUACAUCACUUUCCGCAGCGACUUUUGAAGAUAGUGAUAAGAAUAAAAUUCUCUCUCCUACUAAGAAUUCAAUUCCUGUAUCAUCAAAUUCACGGAUAAAAUUCAGGAAAGAUCGUUUCGGUAUCUUUGAUGUAACAGCCGGAGGAGAGGAGGAGGACAAAAGAACAUAUAAGUUGAUAGUUUGUCAACAGCCGCUACGUGCUCGUAUGUGCGGGUUCGGCGAAAAAGAUCGACGUCCAAUCGAUCCACCGCCGAUCGUACAAUUGGUUGUGAAUGACGAAAACGGGAAUCUUGAUUCAAG